UCCAAAAAUGUGAAGCACUGCGGGCUCACGUGAUCUUAUUUCCUUCGACGCAGAAGUCGGAAAAAAGUUUUUAACACAGCUGAAACGAGGAUUGAUAGUGAGUGACAUGUAGUUUCAGUACUUUUGAUUAAGGGUGUCAUGUUUGGAAAGAAGAAAGACGCAAUUUCUGAGUGGACGAAGACGGGAAGUUUCAUGCAUAAGCCAGAACGAGGAUGGCUGCACUCRGAGGAGAAUUUGCGGGAAGGAGGUGUUUGUUACGCUGUAAAAUAUGUUGGAUGCAUUCCUGUUGAAAAGUCGAUGAGGACACUUCAGUAUGAUAUGAGACAGCAAGUUACAAGGGAAGCCAUUUUAAAAUGCUGUGAGACGGCAGGAUAUCAGUUAAAUAAAAGAAAAAAGGCUCACAAGAACAUUCUAAAAAUUUUAGGAGACAUUCCCAAUAUGAAGUUUUCUGGUUCCAGUUCCAAUAUGACRAUAUCUGCAACAGGAAUCAAGCUUUCAGCAAUAGACACAGGGCGUAAAAUAGGUUAUCAUGACAUGCAAGGAAUUUCUUUUGCAAGUGGAGGAGAGAAGGACUGCAUAGACAUGGUAGGAUAUGUUGCAAAAGAUGAAGUCAAUGGAAGAGCAUGCCAUGUGGUGGACUGUGGUGGUGGUCUAGCAUAUGACGUUAUCAACACCAUUGGGCAGGCUUUUGAGAUACGCUAUAAAAUGUUUCUYGAAAAUCCACCACAAGCCAUGGAAGUACCUGGAAAGUUUUCAGAAAUUUCUAUUUUUGAGGAAGCUGCAGAACCGCAAUAUAAUGAAAUAGCUGAUGAUGAUGAUGACUGCCCUGAGUAUGCCGAUCCCAGGCUGGAAGGACCAGCAAAAAGUGAAUCCCAUGAAUAUAAAGUGCCUUUACCAGUCGGCCAAACAAGUGGUGCGGGUGCUUAUGCUCCUCUACAAAAUAGAACAACUCAACCUCAGACUUUUGGUAAUUACGACGUGCCAAGGAACAGUUUAAGAGACAGUUUAGGCUUUGCAGCAGGGGCGCAAUAUGGCAGUCYWCAUAGUGCAUCCUCAGAGUCUGCAUACUACGAGAAUCCUUUGGCUGGCAACAAAUCUGAUUUUACAGCGCCGAGACGUGUGGACAGUCUACCAAAAAAUAUCAUGGAUGAGCCUGUGCCUAGCUUUGGGGCUGCAAAUGGAUCUCAUAAUGCCAACUGGACAGCCUUUGGUGAUCUUCCCCCACCCCCUCCCCCCAUGGACACUCAUCCAGAAAAUCAAGCAGCAAAACCUCCACCAAAACCAUUGCCCUAUGCUUUAUCAAAGACAGAUCCACAAAAACCAAAGCAAGACUCCCUUCAAGACAAGGAAUGGUUUCAUGGUCAGAUAUCGCGGGCUGCGGCAGAGCUGCUGCUUGAAGACGAAGGAGAUUUCUUAGUGAGGGAGAGUAAGCGUCAACCAGGUCAAUAUGUCUUGUCAGGAGUCCGAAAUAAUAAUAAACGACAUUUGCUAUUGGUUGAUCCUGAAGGAAAGGUACGMACUAAAGACAAAGAAUUCGAAAGUGUCAGUCAAUUGGUAUCUUUUCAUUUGCUGAACAAAGUACCAAUCAUUUCCGCCGGAAGUGAAGUCUUGAUAACCAAUCCUGUCAUCAAGGGGUAGGGUAGGAAGGAUAGAUUUUAUAUAAAAUACCUGCCUUCGAGCGAACUUCUGAUAGGAUGUAGUAACAGAAAGAACGCAGGUGUCAAUGUGUUGUUUCUUAAAAUCACUAAAUAGYUAUUUAAAACAGCAAGUGGACUGAUUUCAUAAAUCCGUGAAACAAAACUAUGUAUUUGUAUUGUGUCAAACCCGUGAAACCUAGUGAAACAUUUCUAGUAGUUUUCUCUCUUACGAAAAUUUAACUACAUGACGGGCACCUCGUAUUACGGACACCUCACUAUUGCGAACACUCAAAAYCGUACARGCACAUYAMAGCAGUUCAACACGAAGCGCACUAAAGCUUCGUGUUCAAAUGUUUCGUUUAACUUAACUUUUAUUAACAUGUCUGUGGAAUGAUAAGUAUUUUAGGUAAAAUAACAAGUAUAUUGCAGUAUUUCUUAGCAUGUUGCUGGCUGACUAUUAUGCGCAGAAAACAUUGCUUGUUUUUAAUAGGGAAAAAAGACAAACCAAAACUCCUGUCCUACUCGACAGUUAGAACAGUGGUCGCUUUGUUUAUAGUAAGUCAGAUUGCCGGAUAGUCCGGUUGUUGAGUAGAAAAAAAUGCCCGCUUAAAAGGGGUCCCUUUCAUUAUUUUUUUACUGAGUUGCAUCAGUGUUGUGUAGAGCGACAACACGAAAUCGAUUGCAACGCAAAAAAAAGURAUUAUGAAUUCAUAGAUUCUCAAUUUUUCUAAAGGUAGUCCUAUUUGGCAUUUGUAUUUACAUACUAAAAACAGUGUUAGUUGAGUGGAUUUCAAAAACCCGUGAAACAAACUUUAACAAUCAAAAUGUAAUAAAGUUUGAUGGACCAAAAGGACAAAGAAUAACGUGGACAACUAAAGUCGAGUAAUAAUGUGAAGCAGGCUCGAAUGUYACGGGUUUUGAGAACCACUGUAAUCAGUGAAAUCAGUACACUUUAGCGUAUUUGCGGUUUAAUAGACCUCUGAAGCUUUGACGUUAUGUACCGUAUACAUAAUGUAUUGUAGGAUAUGUUUGGGACAAAACAUGGUGGAUUUCUUUUGUUUUCUCUUAUAGCUGAUCCCACAAUGCAUUGAAAAAUUAAUCAAGUAGUGACGUUAACGGUUCAGAAGUCUAUUGAUUUAAUAAGUAGACUCUGUUGCACGGGUUUCAGAAAACAACUCCAGCUCUGGUAAAAUGUAGUUGUUAAUAAGCACAAUUGUUCAUAGCCUAUGCGUUUCGCACGAUGUGMGCGGGCUGAUGCAAAGCUUACCAUUUACUUAUUACAAUAAACUGUAGCAAUUACAAAUGA